UGGGCGGACCGGAUGAUUGGCGGCGCACAGCACCUCAGCUCCCUGUCUCCCACUCGAUCCGGCGGCUUCUUCUCUCACAAAGAAAAACUCGAUUCGGCCGCUCCGUGGCCGCCGCGAAUCUCCUCCUCCCACCAAAGAGGAAGAGCAGCAGCCGCCAGACUCUGGUGGUUCCACCGAAAAACGGCAGGUCACACUUCCCCCGCCGACGCGUCGAUUGGAUUGGAUUGGUGAUCCAUCCCAAUUUAGGGUUGUUUUGUUUCGUUGAUAGGACACCGGAUUGCUACGGGAAGGAUGAGCAAAGGACCAGUUCCAUUCCUCAAUAUUGGGAAGAGAGCAAAAGAUCUUUUGUACAAGGACUACAGUUUUGACCAAAAGUUUUCUUUGUCAACGUCUAGCAGCUCUGGCCUGGGUCUCACGGCCACUGGUGUGAAGAUCAAUGAAGACUUCAUUGGUGACAUACGGACACAGCAUAAAAGCGGUAGAACCACUGUUGAUGUCAUAAUUGAUAGUGAUUCUAAAGUGUCAACCACAGUCACUGUUGAUGAAGCACUCGCUGGUUUGAAGACUUUAUUCAGCUUCAGGGUUCCUGAUCACAAGUCGGGGAAGCUUGAUCUGCAAUACAUUCAUGAUCGUUUUGCACUGAAUUCUACCAUUGGUUUGGCAUCUACACCUUUGGUUGAGCUGGCCGCAACUAUCGGCACAAGUGAACUUAGUGUUGGUGCUGAGGUUGGGUUUGAUAGUACUUCAGCUUCUGUUACUAAGUACAACUCAGGGAUCGGGUACAACAAAUCGGAUUUCUCUGCCUCCCUACUAUUGGCUGAUAAAGGGGAGACUUUAAAGGCGUCAUAUGUUCACCUGUUCAAUCCAGCCAGUGGAGCUGCAGUGGCAGCUGAGGUAACACACAAGUUGAAAACAAAGGAGAACUACUUCACCAUUGGGAGCUCACAUGCCCUUGAUUCUUCAACAUUGCUAAAGACGAGAUUCAGCAACUCUGGGAAAGUUGGACUUCUCUGUCAGCAUGAGUGGAGGCCUAAGUCGCUUGUGACUCUCUCGGCUGAGUAUGAUCCGAAGGUGGUACGUUCACCUUCAAGAUUUGGUGUGGCCGUAUUGCUCAAGCCUUGAUGAUUCGGAUCACCUCCUGUACAACAGUACAAGCGUUACAUACUGCCUCCAAGAACAUAUGCUUUGGAGCUAUACCUAGAAAAGCUCUCCCGUUUUUAGCCUUUUUGGUAACAAUCUUGGCCAAAGGAGUAUUGUCUGGGAGUUGGACUUGUUUUGUGGAAUGCUUCCAUCAGAGCCAACUCCGCACCGAAAUUUUAAAAUACACAGGUUUGUAUUAGCGCAGAAGCUUUACUCUCUGCAUUUUUUUUCCCGUUUUGCUACUCAACGUAUAAUGACUUUGGAGGUGAUUCCACGCAAGGCUUGAGACCAUGACGGUUGUUGACAAAUCUGAUGAUAAGGGAACGCGUGUAUCCAGCAACUUCAGAGUGAACGCUGGAAUUUUGUGUUGGGUUGAUUCUUGUGAAAUUCAUGUACUCCGAGCGGGGUCUAGUUUUUAAUUAUGUUUAGAAAGUGAAAGAAAAUUUUAUAAGAUUCUAUCUUUCGAAAGA